UGGCUGCAGGAGGCAGGCCUGCUGGCGGCUCUGAGGCACCCCAACGUCGUCAACUUUCUGGGGGUGUGCCACCUGCCGCCCUGCAUCCUGACAGAGUACUGCUCCCGGGGCAGCCUGGCGGAGGUGUUGAUCCGGGCGCGGCAGAGCGCCAGGCUGGCGGCGGAGCUGACCUGGCGCCGCCGCCUCGCCAUGGCGCUUGAUGCCGCGCUGGGCAUGCUGUACCUGCACAACCGCCCCGCCCCCAUCGUGCACCGCGACCUCAAGUCGCCCAACCUGCUGGUGGAGGAGUCGUGGCGGGUCAAGGUG